AUGGAUUGGUUUUUCAGGAAUUCAAAAAAUAAGAACAAGCCAAAUGAAGACGGACCAAUUCAUAAAAGCAAUAUCGAUAAUGAAUACGACGAAGAUGCAAGCCAAGCGCUAGGUGUCAAUGACACGUGUGAAAUCACUUUUCACGUUCACAUGCCGAAUUGGUUUGACAGGUCCUUGCAACCGUUGGUUCUUGGAAGCGUUAGAGAAUUAGGAACUUGGUACUACCCAGUUGUAAAGUUGCGUCAAAGCGACACCAAUUCUACUUAUUGGUUUUCCGAUCCGGUUAAAAUUCGUAUUAGAGAUCACCCAAUUUAUUACAAAUAUGCGUUCUAUCAACCAAAAAAAGAGCAAGGCGUGUUUGAUAUCCUCGGUGAUAGGGUUCUUGGUGAUCGUACGAUUGUGAUGGAAGGUAAUUCGGAAUAUGACAAUCGAUCACUAUCCUAUGGAGGCUUUCAAUAUGAUGUGUGGAAAACCAACCAUGCUAAGAAACUAUUUAGUCCAGAUCUUAAAAAAGAUUACAAGUUUGUUGACGUAGUAUACGAGUCAUUGACUUUGGAAAAUAUUAAAGAAAAAAUUAUGGAAUUCCAAGCGCUAUUAAAAUAUCAGCCGAGUCUGACUGCAGAUGCAGUUGAUAUGGCCUUAAUUCGUAACCUUGUUGCUUCUUCGCGCGAGGACUAUCAACGGAUCUUUGUAUGCUUUUUAUUGGCAUACUACAUUAAAGUCGCUCAAGAGAGAAUGGGACACCAUCAACGCGUCCGACUACCAGAAAAUUUUCCUUCGAUCAAUUUAUUGCAAGCGCUAGAGAAAAUUAGGUCGGAAGAUAUACCUAGUGAUGCUAGAACUCUGUUCACCUUAGCGACUUCGGCUUUGGUUCGACACAAUUCAUCAAAGCGCAAUGUAUUCGAUUGGAUGAAAAUGUUUGCUAUAGCACCUGUUGUCGAUCCGUCGUAUACAUUCUUGGUUAAUAUUGAAAAACAUAAUUAUGAUCAAAGAAAUCAAGUCUCGAUUUUUUAUAAUUCGCUCAAAAGAAACGUAAAACCGUAUCUCGACAGAAUUGACAGACCACAAAUUUAUCAAACGGCCAUAGAGAAAAUAAUUGAAAUUUCUUUUUUUGACGUGGAAUCAUGUGAUUUCUUGGUGCAUGAAAUGAUUGGAAAAGAAAAGAUGGACGAACGGAUUAAACGUUCCAUCGACAAAUUUAUCAGUCAAUAUAUAGAUUCGGAUGAUCCACGAAAUUUGGAACAGCAUUUUAAAUCUCUAUCCGAAGACCUUCGCGUUGAAUGUGCCCCUGUUUUUCGCGAACAAUUUUCAAAAUUAUUAAGCAACAAUAGGAUCUCAUGGAAAUCCGAGUAUUCGCAGCCGAUGUUUCAUCUUUUUUCUCAAUUAUUCACUGCGGAGUCAGAUAUCAUGCAAGCGUUGGUGUUACUUUCGAAGUCCAGAAAUUUUGAUUUACUACUGUCAUUUCCAAAGUGGUCGAAGUUCACAUUGGAGUCUAGAAAUGUCAAAGCUGACUUUAAAGCAAAGAUUACAGCUCUUUGCGAGGAAUGGUAUUCAACCAUAAUUUCUGCGGUCACGAAUCAAAAAAAUACAAUAAAUCCAGUGAUCUUUUUCUAUCAACAACUUUCCGCUAUUUCCUUUGUUCUUCAAAGAAGGACUGAUAUAUACAAAAAGUUAGUGGAUACAGUCGAACAAAAAGUUCUCAAUUUUCCUCAAGAAUGGUUAUUUAAGGCUACAUCUUUUGUGGGUGCGCUGGAGUCUCGUAUUGUCGGGGAUUUCGAAAAAGUUCUUAGACAGAAACUGAAGUCACCAUUGAGUAGUGACACCAACGAUGAUGCCGUAAUUAAAAUUAUUUCUCAGAUUUGCAACUCAUCAGGUUCUCCCUUGUAU